GCUCCACCGUUGUCCUCCCCUGCAGCCAUGGGGGCCCCGGUGCUGCCCGUCCUGUCCCUGGGGCUGCUGCUGCUGCACGUGGCCUCCAGCCAGGCCCAGAUGGUGACGAUGGUGACGCCGGCGGUGCUGAGGCUGGAGAUGGAGGAGCUGGUGGUGCUGGAGGCCCCGGGGUUGUCCUCUGCGGCCGAGGCCACCAUCCUGGUGCAGGACUUCCCCCACAAGCGCCACGUGCUCCAUCAGACCCGUGUGGGGCUGAGCCCCAAUGGGGGCAUGAUGGCCACCACCACCAUCAAGGUCCUGGCCAAGGCCCUGCCCAAGUCAGCAGAGAAGCAGUUUGUGUCGGUGACGGCGCGGGUGGCCCAGGUCACCCUGGAGAAGGUGCUGCUGGUGGCGCUGCAGAGCGGCCACAUCUUCGUGCAGACCGACAAGCCCAUCUACACCCCUGGCUCCAUCGUGCUCUGUCGCCUCUUUGCUCUGGACCACUUCAUGCAACCAGUGUCCAAGACGGUGAUUGUGGAGGUCAAGACACCCGAUAAUGUCAUCAUCAAGCAAGUGCCCGUGUCCUCACCGAUGAAGACCGGCAUCUUCUCCUUCAACCACAACCUGCCCGAGGUCAUCAGCCUGGGGACAUGGACAAUAAUGGCCAAAUUUGAAGACUCACCAGAACAGGUCUUCAGCAGCCAGUUUGAAGUCAAGGAGUAUGUGCUGCCAAGCUUCGAGGUGGUGCUGGAGCCAGAGAAGAGGUUCCUCUACAUUGACCAGAAGGAGGAUUUCCGAGUGUCCAUCACAGCCAGGUACCUCUAUGGGAAGCGUGUGCAGGGAUCAGCCUUUGUCCUCUUUGGUGUCAUGGUGGAUGACGAGAAGAAGAGCAUCCCCCAGUCCCUGCGCCGCGUCCAGGUGUUGGAUGGGGACGGAGAAGCCGUGUUGUCCAUGGCCACGCUGCAGCAGCGAUUCCCCAACCCUGCGGAGCUGGUGGGACAUUCCCUCUACGUGUCCGUCACCGUGCUCACCGAGUCAGGCAGUGACAUGGUGGAGGCCCAGCGCAGCGGCAUCCGCAUCGUGACGUCCCCCUACACCAUCCACUUCACCCGCACCCCAAAGUACUUCAAGCCGGGGAUGCCCUUUGACCUGACGGUCUAUGUCACUAACCCAGACGCGUCCCCAGCUUCACGUGUCACCGUCAAGGCUGAUGGCUUCCAGGGUGUUGUGUCCACCCAGCGUGAUGGCACAGCCAAGCUGGUCCUCAACAUGCCGGCCAACAAGGACACUGUCCCCAUCACUGUGCGGACGGAGGAGCCGGAGCUCCCUGGUUCCCGUCAGGCCUCGCGGCAGAUGGUGGCCGAAGCCUAUCGCAGCCAAGGAGCAUCGGGGAACUUCCUCCACUUGGCCGUGGGGGCCACGGAGCUGCAGCUCGGGGACAACCUGGCUGUCAACUUCCACCUCAAGACCAACAACAACAAAGUCCGCGACUCGGUCCCCUACUUCACCUACCUGAUCAUGAGCAAGGGACACAUAGUCCGUGCGGGGCGCCAGCGGCACGAGGCCGGCCAGAGCCUGGUGACCAUGUCCCUGCCGGUGACCUCCGAGCUCCUCCCUUCCUUCCGCAUCGUGGCCUACUACUACGUGAUGCCGGGCGAGAUCGUGGCUGACUCCAUCUGGGUUGAUGUCAAGGACACUUGCAUGGGCACCCUGGUGGUGAAGGGAGCGACAGAAGCUGACAACCGGGUGCAUGAACCAGGAACACCCAUGAGGCUGCGCAUCGAGGGCGACCACAAAGCCUAUGUGGGCUUGGUGGCCGUGGACAAGGGUGUCUUCGUCCUCAGCAAGAAGAACAAGCUCACCCAGUCCAAGGUUUGGGACACGGUGGAGAAGAGUGACAUCGGCUGCACCCCCGGCAGCGGGAGGGACAACGUGGGGGUCUUUGCUGAUGCUGGUCUCAGCUUGGUCACCAACGUGAAGAUCACCACACCACAGCGAGGGGAGGUGAACUGUCCCCAACCUGCGCAGCGCAAGCGCCGCUCCGUGCAGCUCAUCGAGUACAAGGCCACCAAGGCGGCCGAGUACAAGGACAAGGCUCUGCGCAAGUGCUGUGAGGACGGGAUGAAGGAGAACCCCAUGGACCACAGCUGCGAGCACCGCUCCACCUACAUCCAGGAUGGAGAAGCUUGUGUCCAGGCCUUCCUCGACUGCUGCACCCACAUCAGGACCAUCCGCAACCAGAAGCAGCGCCUGCUUCACCUCAAGCUGGCCCGAAGUGAGGUGGACGAUGGGUUCUUGGCUGAUGAGGACAUCACCUCCCGGAGCCUCUUCCCUGAGAGCUGGUUGUGGCAGGAGGAGCCGCUGACGGAGCAGCCCAAUGAGCUGGGGAUCUCCACGAAGACCCUCCCUGUGUACCUGAAGGACUCCAUCACCACAUGGGAGGUCCUGGCUGUCAGCAUCUCCAAGACCAAGGGGCUGUGCGUGGCCGACCCCUAUGAGAUCACGGUGAUGAAGGAGUUCUUCAUGGACCUGCGCCUGCCCUACUCGGUGGUGAGGAACGAGCAGGUGGAGAUCCGCGCCAUCCUCUACAACUACUGGACACAGAAGAUCACGGUGCGUGUGGAGCUGAUGUACAACCCAGCCCUGUGCAGCGCCUCCACCUCCAAGCAGCGCUACCAGCAGGUCUUCAGCCUGGAUCCUCAGUCCUCAAGGGCCGUGCCCUUCGUCAUCGUGCCCUUGGAGCUGGGGCUCCAUGAGGUCGAGGUGAAGGCGGCCGUCCAGGGCCGCUUUGUGGCCGAUGGUGUCAAGAAGAAGCUCAAAGUGGUGCCUGAAGGGAUGAGGAUGGAGAAGACAGUGAAGAUAAUCGAGCUGGACCCGAAGACGAAGGGAGUCAAUGGUGUGCAGGAGGAGAGGGUGAAGGCUGCCAACCUCUCUGACAUUGUCCCCAACACGGAGUCGGAGACCAAAGUCAGCAUCCAAGGCAACCCUGUGUCCAUCAUGGUGGAGAAAGCCCUGGAUGGGGAGAAGCUGAAGCAUCUCAUCGUGACACCAUCGGGCUGUGGGGAGCAGAACAUGAUCAAGAUGACACCCACCGUCAUUGCCACCCAUUACCUGGACAGCACAUUGCAAUGGGAGAGCCUGGGUGUUGACCAACGCGCUGAGGCCAUCAACUUGAUCAAGAAGGGUUACACCCAACAACUUGCAUUCCGGAAGCCUGACAGCUCAUAUUCAGCCUUCAAGAACCGUCCCGCAAGCACUUGGUUGACAGCCUACGUGGCCAAAGUCUUUGCCAUGGCCAUGAAGCUGAUAGACAUUGAGCCCGAGGUGGUUUGUGGUGCUGUGAAAUGGCUCAUCCUGAAUAGGCAGAAGCCAGAUGGGAUCUUCCACGAAGAUGCUCCUGUCGUCCACAAGGAGAUGGUGGGAGGUUACCAGGGUGCUGAGCCCGAGGUGUCCCUCACAGCCUUUGUCCUCAUCGCGCUGGAGGAGGCCCGGGAAAUCUGCAAGGACCAUGUCAACAGCUUGGACAACGGCAUCUCCAAAGCUGCUGAAUACCUGGCCCGGAGGUACCAGUCACUGGCCCGGCCCUACACGGUGGCCCUGAGCUCCUAUGCCUUGGCCUUGACAGGGAAGCUCAGGAGCGAGAAGGUUCUCAUGAAGUUCUCCAAAGGGGGCAACCGCUGGGAGGAACGCAACGCCUUCACCUACAACAUCGAGGGCACCUCCUAUGCUCUGCUGGCCCUGCUGCGGAUGGAGAAGCCGGAGCUGACGGGGCCGGUGGCCCGGUGGCUGUCCCAGCAGAACUACUUCGGUGGUGGCUACGGAUCCACCCAGGCCACCAUCCUGGUGUUCCAAGCAUUGGCCCAGUACCAGGUGGCAUCUCCCCGGGAGCUCAACCUGGACCUGGACGUGUCGGUGCUGCUGCCCCGGCGUGCCAAUGCCAUCACCUACCGCAUCGAGAACCGCAACGCGCUGGUGGCGCGCUCGGCCGAGACCAAGCUGAACGAGGACUUCACAGUGAAAGCUGAGGGCACGGGCAAGGGCACGAUGACCGUGGUGACCAUCUACAAUGCCAUAGUCCCCGAGAAGGACAACAAGUGUGACAGCUUUGACCUGAGGGUGCAAGUGGAGGAUGUGAAGAUGGGCAAGGAACGGGAAGGUGCCAUUCGCUCCAUCAAGAUCACCAUCUGCACCAGGUACCUGGACAACGUGGAUGCCACCAUGUCCAUCCUUGAUGUCUCCAUGCUCACAGGCUUCUUGCCUGAUGUCCACGACCUGAAAAGGCUCACAGAUGGGGUGGACAGGUACAUCUCCAAGUUUGAGAUCGACCAAGCACAGUCGGACCGCAGCAACGUUGUCAUCUACCUCGACAAGAUCUCACACAAGGCCGAGGAGUGCUUCUCCUUCAAGGCCCACCAGCAGUUCAAGGUGGGCUUGAUCCAGCCCGCGGCUGUCACCGUCUACAGCUACUACAAGAUCGCAGAUGACCGUUGCACCCGUUUCUACCACCCGGAUAAGGAAGGUGGAAAACUGAGCAAGAUCUGCUACAAGGACGUGUGCCGCUGCGCUGAAGAAAACUGCUUCAAGCAGCAGAAGGAUGAUGUCCCCAUGACCGUCAACCAACGCAUUGAGCGUGCCUGCGAGCCGGGAGUUGACUAUGUGUACAAGGUGAAGCUGGUGGCAAUGGAGGAGACACCGUCCCAUGACAACUACAUCAUGACCAUCCUCUCCGUCAUCAAGAUGGGCACUGACGAGGACCCAGCAGGAAGCAACCGGACCUUUGUGAGCCACAAGCAGUGCCGAGAUGCUCUGAAGCUCCAGCUGGGUCAGGACUAUCUGCUCUGGGGGCUGGCCACCGACAUGUGGGUCACCGGCAACCGCUUCUCCUACUACAUUGGCAAGGACACGUGGCUGGAGGCCUGGCCCUCAGAGGCAGCGUGUCAGGAGCCCGACCUACAACCCCUCUGCCAGGACUUCGUGGAGUUUGCUGAGGCCAUGACCAUGUUUGGGUGUCCAUCAUGAGCACCCAUGGGUGCUCCCCCCCCUCCUGGCCCCUCCUGCCCCCUGUUUUUGGGUUAAAAAGGUUCUUUCUGACA